CCCGCCGUGAGUUUUUGAAUCAAUUGCCUUCUGCCCCACCAAAGGACGCCAAACGGGUCAACCCGACCGCGCGACAACACCCAACACCCGCCCUUCCACACCGCAUACAUUCACUGCCGCUUAGUCAGACCUUGUUGAUCUACCUCGCCUCAAACUUGUGAUUUUCUCCUGUGACAGUCCUAACAGUACCUCCACGCACCCCAUCUCACACCAAGCUCCCGCAGCCCGCACACUACCCCUCAGUAAACAUGUCCUGGCAAGCAUACGUCGACCAGAGCCUCGUUGGCACUGGCAACAUCGACAAGGCUGUCAUCUGCGAUGCCACCGGCCAGACUACCUGGGCCUCGUCCCCAGGCUUCUCCCUCACCGCCGCCGAGAUGGGCGCCAUCGCCGCCUCGUUCAACGACAAGAGCGAGCCCAAGUCCGUAAUCGCCAACGGCGUGAAGAUCAACGGCGAGAAGUACAUGACCAUCGAGGCAUCAGACGACUCACUCAAGGCAAAGAAGGGCAAGGAAGGCAUUGUAGCCUACAAGACAACCCAAGCGCUCCUGAUCGCACACCACAACGCGGAAGUCCAGACUACCAACGCCUUCAACAGCGUGGCCGAGCUGGGCGAGUACCUGAAGAAGGUCGGCUACUAAGCGCGGAAAGAUUCGUUCGAGACUUGUUCAUACUUUAGGGAUAUUUGCAUACAGCGUGGCGGAUGAAAUGAAAAGCUCAGCACGGGGUGGCAGCUGGUUGAAGAGGCAUAGAGAGACAUGACGGACGAGUGGAAUAGUGGGUUGGAGAACCUAGGACACACAAUGAGAUACAUCUACG